AUGCCGUCCCUUAAGCGCUUGCAGGUGCCCGCCCACUCCGACGAUGCCUCCGAUCUAUCCACCAUGAGUUCGCCUUCGAGGAAACGGCCACGAAUGUCUGAUUCGCCAGACUCCGAAGACGACGAACCCCCGCAAGAAUCGCAUCUCUCCGUCAACGACGACGCGCUUCUCGGUGAUGAGGAUGAGCUAGAAUUUCGCCAGACUCAGAUUAUCCAAGAGAAAUAUGCCCAUCUUGUUGAAGAAGCCAACGUACCCGCUGAACAUGGAAUACUGGAGCGCGUCGAAUGUUACAACUUCAUGUGCCAUGAUCAUUUCAACGUGGAGUUGGGCCCUCUGAUCAACUUCAUCGUGGGCAAGAAUGGUAGCGGCAAGAGUGCCAUUCUGACCGCCAUAACUUUAUGUCUCGGUGGAAAAGCUUCUGCCACCAACCGAGGACAAAGCCUGAAAAACUUCAUCAAGGAGGGUAAAGAUAAUGGCACAAUCAUUGUUCGCAUCAAAAACCAAGGUGACGGCGCCUACAUGUCUGAUGACUAUGGCAAAUCUAUCAUCGUCGAACGCCAUUUUUCCAAAAAUGGUUCCAGCGGAUUCAAGAUAAAGGCAGAAAAUGGGCGCAUAGUUUCCACUAAAAAAGCUGAGUUGGACGCCAUAACAGACUAUUUUUCCUUGCAGAUCGACAAUCCCAUGAACGUACUUUCUCAGGAUAUGGCUCGCCAAUUCCUCAGCACCUCAAGCCCAGCUGAGAAAUACAAGUUCUUCGUCAAAGGUGUGCAGCUUGAACAACUUGAUCAGGAUUAUCGUUUGAUCGAGGAAUCUGUCGAUCAGAUUGAAGAGAAACUCAAAACGACUAUGCAGGAUAUCCGUGUACUUGAAACUCGGAAGGAUGCAGCGAAGAAGAAGCUACAGAUAUCUGAUCAGCACGAUUCUCUGAGAGCCCGUAUUAGGAACUUCCGGAGUCAAAUGGUCUGGGCUCAGGUCGAGGAGCAAGAACAAGUCAGUAUCAAUACUCCCUCAUUUCCAGCUCUACUGUCUGACAAGCCUCAGAUGCAAGCCUCACUAACCGAAGAAAUUGCGAAAGCGGAUGACAUGAUUCUUCGCGCUGAAUCUGAACUUGUUUCGUUCGAUGAUGCCUUCCAAGCCAUCGAGACAGAACGUGAAACCGCUGCUGAAUAUUCAUGGCGAGCCGCAGCGGCAUUGGAAGAAGCAACAGGCGAAAAGGAAAAGAUCAAGGAAAAACUGGAGGCGGAGAUGAACAGACGGCAUGAUUUACAGGCCGAGCAGCGUCAAAUCAGGGAAUAUCUAAGAGGAGCAGAGUCUAGAAUCCAGGAAACGCAGCAAAAGGUUCACGAAGAGAAUCAGCGUCUCGCCGACGUCAGCGGCGGGGGUUAUGCACGAAAGCAAGAGGCGUGUGAACAGGCCGUCAACGACGCCGCUGCCGCUCAAACGGAAUACAAUGAGCAUCGUUCAGGUGCAAGCCGUCUACUGGAAGACGUCGAAAGGUCUGAAAAGGACCUUGAAGCAACUAAAGGACCGAUUGAUGACAAGAAAGCGGAACUUGAACAAGCAGAGAACCGGUUGAGAACACUCACCCGGGAAGGUGGAGCAAGACAAUCCGGAUUCCAUCCCAAGAUGCCAGACCUGCUCAAGGCCAUUGAACAAGAACAGACAUUCGAAUUUCGACCUGUUGGUCCAAUCGGUCAUCACAUUACACUGCUACAGCCAAAAUGGUCCUCCAUCUUGGAGAGUUCGUUCGGUGGUACACUUUCCAGUUUUAUAGUAACUUCCAAAAGAGACAUGAACAUUCUGUCCAACAUCAUGCGACGAGUAGGUUGUAUCUCGCCAGUGUUCAUUGGUACUGGGGGGCAUUUGGAUACCUCAGCGCAUGAACCAGAUCCUCAAUACGACACCGCUUUGAGAAUCCUUCAGAUUGACAACGAAUUAGUUCGGAAACAGCUGAUCAUCAACCAUGGCGUUGAGCAAAUGCUGCUAAUUGCAAAGCUAGACGAAGCCUCCUCCGUACUCUUCGACGGGGCACGUCCGAAGAACGUGAAACGCUGUUACUCCAUUGAUGAGAGAGAUAGACGUCGUGGAAUACACCUGUCCUACAGCCGAGCCGGUGAACCGAGUCAAGCUCCAGUGUCGAUGUACAGCAAUCACCCGCGCAUGAAAUCAGAUCUGGCUUCACAAAUCAGCUUUUUUUUCUCAUCUGAAAGUGUACAACGUGAUGUUGUUAAUGACCUCAAACGUCAGCUAAACGACCUUCAACAAGAAAUGGUCUCUGUUCGCUCGCGUCUUAAUACCUCCAAACAGUCAUAUGUAAGACAUGGAAGAAGAGAGAAAGAACUCCAGAUCUCUAUGCAACGCAAGGAAGACUACGCCGAAGAACUCAGGGACACCCUCGAUAAAGAAAAUGCAGAAGAUGGGCGCAUUGAUGCGCUCAAUUCUGCUCUCAAGGAAGCGGAAGAUGAGAAGCAACUGAAUGAAGGUUCAUACAAAGACAGUGAGACUGCCAUGGCGGCCAUUAUGCAGACACUCAAAGAAAUCAGGCGCGAAUUGUCCGCCAAAGAUUCUGAGCUUGGAACCCUGCAACAAAAAUUGCGAGUUGCCGAAAGCGAGCACACACUCGUUAACUCGAAGAAAAGCAAGAUUCUCAGUGAUAAAAACGCAGCCAUCGCCAAUAUUGAAAAUGAGAAGCGAGAAAGGGCGACUAUUCACGGCAGAAGAGAGCAGGUCGCAGCGCGCAUUAUCGACUACAACGAGAAGGCAAGCUUGGUCUCCUCUCGAGUUUCUGUGGACGAGGGAGAAACUCCAGAGAGUCUUGAUCGAAAGCUUGACCGGCUGAUCCGAGAUCUGGAGCGCUACAGUUCGGAGCUGGGGGCUUCCCGAGAAGAGAUUGCUACUGAAGCAGAAAGAACCGAGGCAGCUUAUUCACGAGCUAGAAAGCAGGUCCAGGAACUAUCGACGCUGGCUCAGAUAUUCAAAGAUACCCUUGGUAACCGUAAAAAGCGGUGGGAAAUCUUCCGGUCUCAUAUUUCGUCUCGAGCUAAAGCUCAAUUCACCUACUUGCUGAGUGAACGAAGCUUCCGUGGUCGGCUUCUGGCUGACCAUAGUGAAAAACGCCUGGAUCUACAGGUUGAGCCCGAUAUCACCAAAGAUGACAGCACUGGACGAGGUGCGAAGACGCUCUCCGGUGGCGAAAAGUCAUUUUCGCAAGUGUGUCUUUUGUUGGCGCUCUGGGAAGCCAUGGGUUCCCCUAUUCGUUGCCUUGAUGAAUUCGAUGUAUACAUGGAUCAUAUCAACCGGAAAAUGGCCAUUGACAUGCUUAUGAUUGCCGCCAGACGGUCCAUAGGGCGACAGUUCAUUUUAAUCACACCUGGCUCGAAAACCGAUAUCACUAUUUCCCCUGAUGUAAGGGUUAAAGAGUUGGCAGAGCCAGAACGUGGACAAACGUCUUUAUCAUUCCGGCGUUAG